GGGUAGUCGACUUACGUGUCCCUAGCAUCGACGUCAAACAAAAUUAUAUUUUGUCUACAAAAAAAUAUAUAUUAAGAAAAAUAAUAUACAAAAAUCUGUGGAUUUAUUUCCUGUGUUCUUCAUCCACUGUAUAACCCCUGCGCGUACGGAAUUUUAUCGUAAUCGGUUAAACAAUAACGUAAAUAUCCUGGUAAAAAGUUAAAAAUUUUUUGCUCCGUAAAAAGUUGUUUUUUGAAAAAAAAAACCGACACAAGGUCUACCAAAGCUUUAUCUCUGUAUGGUGCAAAUGGCAAAUAACGGAUCCUGGGUUUAAAGGAAGGAAAUGUUUGACAGUGCCCAGCAAGAUCAAAAAUUUUUUCGACGAAAGUAAAGAAAAGCGCCCGAGUGCAGUGAACCCUUUUGUAAAGCCAAGCGAAAAUCACUCACAACAAUAGAGAUAGCGAGGAGAACAGCCGAGAAUUAUGAAGCCGGCAAUAGCAAAUAAUUCAGGGGGUGGAGGAAUUGGUGGGAGUAAUCUUAACUCUCCCCUAUCGCCCAAUGAUUGCUUUCCCAAUAUUGAGAAACCUCGCACGGACUAUUCCAGCAUAAGUGGAAAAAAGGUUUUGGUAUCGCCCACCGAGGAACAAUUUGAGUUACUUAAAAAACGUCUAGAGGAACGUACCGAGGAUAGUCGUGGUGAAACCAUUUAUGAAAUUGGUGUUGGAGAAGAUGGAGGUGAUAGCGGUUUGGAUGAAGAAGAAUAUCAAGCUGCCGUUGCCACGCUACAAUCGUUGGCCACAACCAUUGAUGCGGAUAUGGUAUUGCUGCGGCAGCGUAAAGUUGAAAAAGGCCAAACGGGUCAAUAUCUCAUACGUAAGCGAGUGGAUACCUCAGAUUUCAUGGAAAUAAGAGUGGCUGUCGUUGGUAAUGUAGAUGCAGGCAAAUCAACGCUACUGGGCGUUCUGACACAUGGUGAUUUGGACAAUGGCCGUGGACAUGCCCGUCAACGUUUGUUUAGGCACAAACAUGAAAUGGAAAGUGGACGUACCAGUUCGGUGGGGAAUGAUAUUUUGGGUUUCGACAGCGUUGGAAAUGUUGUCAACAAACCCGAUCAUGGCACAUUGGAUUGGGUAAAGAUAUGUGAGAAAUCGGCCAAGGUAAUAACCUUCAUUGAUUUGGCUGGGCAUGAACGUUACCUGAAAACCACGGUAUUUGGUAUGACCGGUCAUGCACCCGAUUUUGGAAUGUUAAUGAUUGGAGCCAAUGCCGGCAUUGUUGGCAUGACCAAAGAACAUUUGGGCCUGGCAUUGGCCCUAUCCGUACCGGUAUUUGUGGUGGUUACCAAAAUUGACAUGUGUCCGCCGAAUGUCUUGCAAGACAAUCUUAAAUUGUUGUUUAAAAUUCUAAAAUCACAAGGUUGUCGAAAGGUACCGGUUAUGGUGAAGACAGCCGAUGAGGUAGUGUUAAGUGCCACAAAUUUUGUGUCCGAAAGGUUGUGUCCGAUUUUCCAAGUGUCCAAUGUGACGGGAGAGAAUUUGGAUUUAUUGAAAAUGUUUUUGAAUUUGCUGACGACACGUAUGUCGGGACAGGACAAUUCACCGGCUGAAUUUCAAAUUGAUGAUACCUAUUCGGUGCCGGGUGUGGGUACAGUGGUGUCCGGCACCUGUCUGCAGGGUUUAAUUAAACUGAAUGAUGUCCUAAUGCUUGGUCCAGAUCCUUUGGGCAAUUUCAUGCCCAUUGCUGUCAAAAGUAUUCACCGCAAACGCAUGAAUGUCAAAGAGGUGAGGGGUGGUCAAACCGCCAGUUUUGCCCUCAAGAAAAUCAAACGAUCUCAAAUACGCAAAGGCAUGGUCAUGGUUAGUCCUGAACUCAAGCCCCAGGCUUGUUGGGAAUUCGAGGGAGAAAUUCUUGUUCUACAUCAUCCCACAACCAUAUCAUCACGUUAUCAGGCCAUGGUCCAUUGUGGUAGCAUACGCCAGACAGCCUCCAUUGUAAAUAUGUCCAAGGAGUGUCUACGAACGGGCGAUAAGGCCCACGUUAAGUUUAGAUUUAUCAAACAUCCGGAAUACAUACGACCGGGACAAAGAAUGGUAUUCCGCGAGGGACGUACCAAGGCUGUGGGUAAUGUACUGAAACCUAUAACAAAUUCGCAGGCGGCCCAAAAUCGACCGAAGCCAAAUAAAAUGCAAUCACGAUCGCAGGGCCAGGGAAGUUCGCAGCACAACAACAGCGCUCCACAAAAUCAAAACCAAAAUCCCAAUGUCCAGGCGGCAGCCGGCGCAGGCAAUGCAACCACCACGAAAUCAGAUUUGGAUUUGAAAAAUCACAAAACUGAUGGUGUUCUAGAAGUGACAAUGGACAAGAGGGACACAACGAGGCUGGCCAAUAAACGUAACAACAAAAGGUCAACUGGCGGAGGGGUUGGUGUUGGCGCCAGCGGUACGGCGGGCACAUCCAAUGAAACCUCGUCACAAAUUACAAAUGCAACCAAUACACCACAACAUAUUGCCGGAAAAGUCCAGUAAAAUGGGAGGGGGUGAAAAUGACGCUAAUUUUGAAAACUUUCUUUUGAAAUUAUGAGGCAAAUAGUUUAAAAACAAAUGGAAACUGAAUCAUGUCAAAAAAGUGAAUUGCUGCUAAUACGAAUGUACAAAACAAAAUUUUAAAUUUUUAGCUCUCAAGAUUAGAAAACAAAUACUAUUUUAAUAUAUAUAUUUUUUGUCAUAUAUCAUUGCCACCAAUCAGUCAAUCGAUCGAUGGAAGAAAAGACACAUCCUCCGAGACAUUUUGUACAUCACCCAAAUCCAUUUUGAAAAUAAUUGAAAAAUAUUUCGUUGAUUAUGAAAAUCGUUUAUUUUUUAGAGGAGCAUUCAUUUCAAUUCAAUUCUCUGCUGCAAAUAUCUUAAGCCAUAUCAAUACGAAACUGAAUUUAUUUUUGGCUAUAUAUUUUUUACUUCAUAAUUUUUUUUGUUUUAUGUUGAGUUAUUAUUUAAUGAUACGAGUUAAGAAACACGCAGUUUUAUUUUUAUUUUGGAAAAAUGUGAAACGGAAAACUUGUUUAGUUUUUUUUUCGGAAAAAGAAAAGUGAAAAAUAAACGAUUUAUUUUAAAAGAUAUAAGAAA